CAGCUGUGUCAGUUCCACUGCCUGCCUUGGGGCUUUCUAUGUCAGCGUCUGCAGUCAGUCUACAGCAGGCGUUUUCUGAAUUGCGUCAAGGCCGGUUUGACCCGGGUCCCAGCACUGCGCCGCCUAUGCUUCAUGUCUCCAUGCCCCCUCUGGUUCCCACCGCAGCACCCUUGCCCUCUAGCACCGCCCCAGUGGUCCCUCCCCCAGUGUCUUCUGAAGUGACCUCUGUCUCCAUAAACCCUCCAGGGUCUUCGUCACCUCCUCCUACCCUUCCUGCCUCCGCCAUGACCUCCCCUCCAGCCCAUUCGCAACUCCCUCUGCCUCAAAGUCAGACUGUACCUACCGUCAUCAGUGUUAUUUCCAGCACUUCCUCUCUGCCAAUGCCAGCUGUGCCUGCCGCCACAUCCUUCCCCCAAACCUCAGUCCCCAUGCCUGCACCUGCCUGUACUACUGCCCUGCUCGCUCAUUCCGCGACUCCUAUGGGAUCUGUUUCUGGUGGCAGUAGUGAACAGCCGCCCAUCCCCUCCACUUCAGCUCAGCUCACACCACCGGUCAUUCCCACCACAGCCAUCCAGACGCCGCAGCUCGCACCAUCCACCACCACGGUCAUUCCCACCUCGGCUGCUCAGUCACAAGUGCCCACCCUCCAGCCGGUUACCACCAAUACACCAGUCGUGCAGCCCACACCCGUGCAAAGCCAACCUCAAACCUCCACCGUGCCCAAUCAGAGCCACGCACAUUGUGUAGAAUGUGACAGCGAUCCACAGGGAAAGGGCGUUGAUGACAUUCAGGCUCUGGAUAAAAAACUGCGCUCGCUUUUCAUGGACCUGGGCUCUGGUCCGCCCUCUGCCCAGUCUGAUGUCACAUCUGACCCCAUGGCAGCCCCAAGCGUCCCUGGCACCUCCUCUCCAACUGCCUGCACCACCCCUAGCGGCACACCUCUCCCUCCCUCUAGCUUACCUCUGAACUCCUCCGGUCAGCCCACGGGCUCUCCCAUGACCUCCAUGGGUAAUGCCUCCACCCCGGUCGGCUACAGUCAGACGACUCCAUCCAAAGCGCCGUUAUCAAGAUUACCGUCCCAGCAGCCCCUGGAGGAUCUGGAUGCCCAGCUGAGACGGGCGCUGAGUCCAGAGACCGUCCUAAUCAACAGUGUCACGCACCAGUCGUCUUUCACUGGGAUCCCACCCGGAGGGCAGCCAGUAUCAUUUUCUCUGGAUGAUGAGUCAGCAGCUGCACCUGCAGCUGGAGGAUACAAACUGGGACGAUUCCAGGUGUCAGCGGCUCCUGAUGAGAACGCCCUGCAGGCUCCCACCACCUCCCAGGAAUCAUCCUCCACAUCUUCUUCCUCCACCACCACCACCUCCUCUUCAUCAUCCUCCUCUACUCUCUCUAGCCCUGAAAACACGCUACACCGAACCUCCUCUCCCCUUAGAGACACGAAAGUAGAUGAGGUUGAUGGCCUCCCUGCUCUCCCCAAUCAGAUGACAACCCAUUCCCAGCCCACCACCAUUGGCCGUUUCCAGGUGACCACCAAGGCGGACUCGAAGGUGGGGCGUUUCUCAGUGAGCAGAGCACAGGACGAGGCUCUUGUGGCUAGCUUACAACCCCCAGAACCCCAGCCGGCACCUCCGGCCCAUCCAGCGGUUGGGAAUGGUCCAAGUCCCGGGAGCCUCAACAACUCGGUCAGCUCCUACUUCAGCAGCGACAAUGACUCAGAGUUUGAAGAUGAAGACUUUAAGAGAGAAGUCAGCAAGUUGAGGGAGAAGCACAUGAUGGAGAGUCAGGCUCUAUACACCCGGCAGAAGGCAGAGAUUGAAGCACUGUUCACUCGCUUGGGCAAAGCACCUCCCGCCAUGGUCAACCCUCCCGUUGUAAACCCAGCCGGCCGCAGACGACGUCCCACCAAGAGCAAAAGCAGCAAAUCUAGCCGCAGUAGCUCACAGGGCAGCAAGACUCCUAUACUGCCAGCAACCAGCACUUUAUCUGUGCAGAGCGCUCCCUCUGUGUAUCCGCCUCAGCAGGCCUUCCUGGCCCCUGGGGGGAUGAUAGACGGGGGGAGCAGCCCUCUGCUCCAGUCCUUCAAACCCUCCCCUUCUAGUGAGAACCUGUGUUCCGCUUACACCAGUGACGCCACGCUCUCUGCGCCCAGUUUGUGUGUCACCUCGCAAG